AUGUCGAGUUUCAAGCCAAAUAAAGAGCAUUUGCUGCACACGAUUAUAAGUGGUGAUUUUGACUUGAAAGAUAAAGAACGCCCAGGUCAACCGAAAAAAUUUCAAGGUGCCGAAUUGCAAGCAUUGUUGGACGAAGACGAUACGCAAACUCAACAACAAAUGACAGAGAGGUUAAAUGUUGGUCGCCGAACCAUUUGUGAUCGUCUGCAUGCCAUGGGAAAGAUCCAGAAAGCAGGAAAAUGGAUACCACAUCCGUUGAACGAUAGACAUGAAAAAGCGAAAAACGGCAUGGCCUAUCAUAUCGUCUGCUCAGCAUCAGCUGACCGAUACGCUUAUAUGUUGAACAAAAAGUUUGCGAGAAUAGUACCCGGCGAAUUUGCAAUGGUCACGAUAGUAAUGACUUAUGAUCUAAUCCAUAUGACCAUGACAUCGUCUAGUGCCGCUUACAUACAAGGCAUAAUGUUUCUAGCUUCUACACUCGCAGCAAUUUUCUAUUAUUGUUGGUUCGGCAACGAGCUCAAGCUAAAGAGCUUGCAAUUAUCGGAUAAUAUUUACAAUAUGGAGUGGACGAUGCUUGAUGACAACAUGAAGAAGGGUCUCUUAAUGAUCAUGAAUCGUGCGACAAUACCUAUCGAAUUUACUAGCACGCACAUGCCAAUGAAUCUCGAGUCUUUCGUAGCGGUACUUAAGAUGUCAUAUUCGCUCUUUAAUGUGCUGAUACAGUCGCGCAAAUAAUAGCGCAACGCACGAAACUAAAUAUAUCCAAAAAUCCAUUUCUAAAUAACUUAAAAUAUCUGUUGAUAUUCACGCCUUUUAUCGUGCAUUUCUCUUCGACAGCGAUACCCAUAUGAUUAUCCUAAAUAAUCAUUGUGCUGAUUUGUCGUCUAAAAUAACGUAUUGAAAUUGGGGUUGAAAGUUGCCACUACAAUUGUAAGUUACUUUUUUUCAGCAGUAGCUUAAUAAAGAUAUUAUUUCUUU